CCCGCCCGGCCCCGCGCCGCCCCGCGGCGGCCGCGAGAGCGGCACGUGGCGCUCGGGGGCGGGGUUUGCUGGCCGCUCCCGCUCGGCCGCGGGCAGUCACGUGAGGCGCGCGCCAUGGCGGCUCCCGCGGACGGCGCCGACCUGGAGGCCUCGCUGCUGAGCUUCGAGAAGCUGGACCGCGCCUCCCCGGACCUGUGGCCCGAGCAGCUGCCCGGGGUUGCCGAGUUCGCCGCCUCCUUCAAAAGCCCCAUUACAAGUUCUCCUCCCAAGUGGAUGGCUGAAUUAGAAAAUGAUGAUAUUGAUAUGUUGAAGGAGCUGGGGAGCCUCACUACAGCUAACCUGAUGGAAAAGGUUCGUGGCCUGCAGAACCUGGCCUAUCAGCUGGGACUGGAUGAAUGCUUUGCUUGGAGUGGAGUAGUGAGCACUGCAGAAUGAGCAGACCCCAGCUAAUGCGGCAAGCAAGAGGGAAAUAAUUCUUUUUUGGGAACCCAGUUGCAGACCCUGACUCAAUGUUUGUGACCCACAAAUCAGCAAGUUUCAAAACACUUAAUGUAAAUAACGACAAAUUUAUAUUGGAAGCUCUGUUUUUCCACUGUAUGACCCAUUGCACCUUUUGGAGCAUCUGAAUCAAAGGUGACUCGAGAAGAAUUUUCAAGUCUUGGUUUUCAUGAAUUGGCAGCUCUGAGAACUCCAUGCAUUUGAAGAUAUGCCGUGUCAUCCUUUGGGAUAUAUGUACACAGAGAGAUGUAUCUGAGAACUACAUACACAGAGAAAAAUGUUUUUCUUAUGAAAACAUAGAAGUUUUUUUCCAAACUUCAGAAAAAACUUACAUAUAAAAGUAACAGAUAUGUAGGAUGGGAGAAUGGGAAAAGCACUCUGUCACUGAAGGAAUGUAGUUGUCCAGGGACUUUUUGAAGGUCCUGCUAUUGUUUCCCUGUGAAUCUCUGAUAUUUUUCAGAUAACACCUGCUAUACUGGUUCAGAAGUCCUGAAAUGUAAAUAUAGAUAGCUGGCAUCACAGCCGUGUUUAUUAAAAAAAAAAAGCCUGUUCUUCUUAAGUCCCAAUAUCUUUGUGAAGGUGAUGGUGCCUUGGUGCUGUGUGUGCCUUAAAUAUUAGAGAAUGUGAGAGAACUGACCAAACAGAUAUGAAUAUAAUUUAUAAUUUCCCUGUCAGUGAUUUUUGCUAGUCUAAUCUCUUGUGUUAGAUUAAAUUUUUAUUUGAAGUUGAAGGUAGUUUGUGAUGUUCCUGCUGUAAAAUUAGGAAUGACUGUAUUAUCCAAUGUCAAGUCCUCAUACUCUUUCAAGAGCAAUGAGACAGUUCCCAUAUAUACUUAACCAAGUCUCCUUAUUUAUAAUUUCCCAUGGUUUUGUACACCCUGGCUUUCAUUAGAUUAUAGCAACUUUGCUCCUAUUUUCUUUGUAACACUGAUUUAUUUUCCAUAUAUGUUCAAGCAAAUUUUAAAAAAGGAUACAGUGGAAGAGCUGUUUGAUCAAGGGCUCACAGAUUAGACCUGGAUGGAGUGGGAGAUUGCAGAUGAACAGCAGCAGCUUGGUAUCUUGUAGCACCAGACUGAUAGAGGAAAAGCUAUUUCAGGUUUAGUCAGUCAGUGAUUGUUUUCUUCAAUAUGAACAGUAAGUAAAUGACAUGGGUUUUUUGGCCUGGAGAAAAACAGCUGGUAGUAUGUGAAAAAGAUCUGUAAAACAUAAAUGUAGAGAAAGUACGAAUAGGGAAUGACUCCUCACUGUUUCUCAUAGGAUGGGAGCCAGAGAGAAAGUGUGUUGGGACAGACAUGAGGACACACUUCUGUUGUGCGUUGAAGUCAGAACACAUCACCACUGGGGCUUGUGGGCAUGGAGUGGAGUUUGUCACUCAAUAAUGAGAAAAAUGAUUGGAAGAUAAAUCCUCCCAGGUUGUCUGAUUGCUGAGAAGUCCCCAGUGGCUUGGACAUCUUGGAGAUGCAGAAAGCAGAGAGAGAUUACUAUGCAGGUACAGCUAUGUGCCUCCCUGCACUUACACUCUGCUAUAGAUGUUUGCCAUUGGCAUGUCAGUCAGUGGUGGGUUGGAAGAACCUUUUGUUUGACAAUGGAUAUUAUUUAUUUUAGUAAACUGCCUGGUAGUUAAGCAACCACUACCAGAAAUCUCUGAGGGUUCCCUGUAAUGGAGGGACUGUUGGAGAGACAGCAGGAGAUGAAUGGGCCACGAAUGAGGAACAACUACUUUGCUCUCAAGUUAAGGUGUCCCCGGUUUUGAAUUGUAGUCCUCUGCAACCUCAGCAGCCUCUGAAAUUUCUGGAAAAUCAUAAAGGAGUUCUUCUGAAUUCCAAGCUGUGUACAGCUCACCGCUUUUCCUUAGAUUGGUAGUCUUUGGUUUUUCAUAUUUCAUUUCAGAUAAAUGCUGUCUCUUGUGAUCUCUUGCUUGCAAGUUCAGCUUUUUUGUAGGUUUGGAGGGGCUGAGCAGUUCAUCAGGAUUUAACUGUAUAGUUUUUUUGAAAAUACACCCUUAGUUCUGCCAGUGAUCCUUGCAGGCUGCUCUUGUCAUUGAGUUUUGGAUAGUGUUUAUUUUUUUACCUCGUUUUGAUGCUGAUCAUAGGUAGGAUAUGUUUAAAUUGGGCUCCAUCUUUGGUGGACUGAACUUAUCUAUUAAACUACAAGACAGGGCAUGAUUGUUGCUACACUUUGUAUAUACAGAGAACUUUGUAUAUACAGAGUUGAUGAAUUGGAAUCAAAUUUAGGAAAUGAGGGAAGAUAAUAUAUCCUUUUACUGAAAUAUGUUUUUCCUUUUGUGUAAUAGAUUGGCUUGCCCAAGAGUAUCUUCAUGUAGCAUGAACAUGCAGCCUUUUUAGGCUACAGGCAAAGCAACUGACCUUUGUACCCAAAGAGGCUUCUAUCAGUGAUGUAAUUGAUCAGAUAAAAAUAUUUUCUGAUCAUAACCGCUUUUUCUUUAGUCCUGGCAACACAGAGGCUUUUUAAGCUCAGAAGUCUUAUUUGACAUUUGUGAACAUGGCUUCACUUCUGCAUUACAGUUGCCUGGUGCUCUUUCUGGUGGGUAUGUACAGUUGUUUGCAUCAAAAUGUUUCAGAUUCUUAUAUUUGUAGGAAACCAACAUAUGAACAGAUGUAUAAGUAAAGGGUACUUUAAUAUGUCUUAUGACACAUUCUGAAAUCUCUUGGUGGUCCAUUUUAGUAAAAGCUGUAUGUCCACUCUCUGUAGUCUGGAAAGCUGUAUGGAAAAGUGAAUUGGACUCAUGGUUUCUUACUAGUCAAAAUGAUGUUUUGGAACUGUGUAGAAGAGCAGACUCUCUAUAGUAUGAGCUCUUUCUCUAUUUCCUUGGGGAAAUAAGACUAUCUGAAGUGUUGUGAUGGAGCUGGAGAAGAGAACUGCCUUUGGAGAGGGAAGAAGGAAAUAAAGUGAAAGGGUAGCAUGUGAUUUGGAUCUACAUCCUACAUCAGUCUCAGUGCAGCUGUUAUGAAGAUAUGGCAGUGUUUUUACCACCUUGACUGGUGACAAAAGAGUGAGGAGGAUGCUCCCUUUUUCCUUGUUAAAAGCUGGCAUCUUCACAAGUACUGUGCUUCUAGCACUUGUGUGCCUGUAUUAAUCUGAAACACGAUGGAAGAAAAUAUGUUUUGGAUCUCCUGCAUUGUUCUAAAUAUGUCGAGCUUGGAAAAGAGCAAUGUCUGCCAAGUCCAGUGCUUGUUAUGUUCUUGAACAAGAUACAUAGCUUGUUUACUUGCAAGGUGAACAGUCCUGCAUAAGAAGAAGCUGUUUGAGGUGUGUGUGUGCUUCAGUUAUUUCUGCUCUGCUUAGAAUUUCCUUUGUACCACUGGUUUUUUUCUUGGUUAGUUUUCUGCAUUCCCUGCCUUACUGAGUGAAUCUUCGUCAUGUUUCAUUUUUGCUUGAAAGCAUAUUUCUCAUUUAUUUGGUUAUUUAGUACUAUGUUUGGCAAGGACUUUAUGUGAAAGAGUAUACUUCAUGUGUUUCAAAGCUUGAAGGCAGAGUUUUACAUCUGGACAGCAAAAUUAUGCUCUUUGGACACUGGAUUUCUGUAAUACACAGCUUGAGGAGUUACUUAGCAGAGUUAGUUAACUUCUCCCAUAGAAUGUGUCACAUUUUGGAUGGUUCAUUUUUGGGUUAGGAGAUGAUCACAGAGAAUUUCAGGAGCUCACCAUCAGCUGAAAUGGUUGGUUUAGCUUUUCACAGUAGGAAAAACAUGGAGGCUGUUUUCAGUUUACAUUCACAGUAAUUCUUGGGCCUUAUUUGAUUGUUUCAGAGAGGUGAAAAGAACACCUAAAUUGUUUAUUCACAUGUUUAUAUGGCUUGUCACCACAGUAUCCAAGGUGCUAUGAUUUCCAUGUGAAGCCUUGGCCUUUCUCCUGAUACUUUUUACAUUCUCCUCCCCCAAGCAGUAGAUCUACCGCUUCAUUUUAAUGCACAGUGCUGUGGUGAGAAAUACUCUGCAUCUGCAGAGGGACAAGGAAAUCGCCUUUCCUUAUACUGUUUGCUGGGUGGCUUAUUUGCAGGCAGGAUUUUUAUGUGGCACCUCCUGUUGGAAGAGCAGGACAUCAGAAUGCCAGCUUGAAAUUGCCGUUCAUACAUGUGAAUUGGCUAAUUCUGACAUGUAGGUAGUUAAGAAAUUAUUACAGUCAGAGGAGUCAUGACCUCAACUUUUCAUCAUCUCCAUUGGCUUGUGCCCCAGUUUGGAAGUGAAGGAGGCAUAGGAAGUUUUAAUUGUACCUGUGUGAUUUAUCCUCAGUCAGCUCUUUAAUUUCUUCUGGCUGUCUGAGGUUUCCGACACGCUGUAAAUUUCUCCAACUUUUUCAUUAUCUGCAAUUUCUUUAUGACUCAUGAAUCGGAGUGGAGAGAGAGUGUGGAUUUACAGCAGAGAUAAACAUGUCCAUAAAGUCUGUAUCUGUGUCAGUAAUUGUACUGCUGUCAGUGACUGUCCUGUUUUACAGGUCUCUCUUGGGAGAGGAACACGCUUUGCUACCAGUGUCAGAGAAGUGUUCACUUUGAUUUGCAUUAACGUGCCAGGAGAUUAGGUUGUGAUGGUGAGGAUGGAAAUUGAGUUUGGACCAGGGCUGCUAUUGUUUUUUCUAAAUAAAUGGGUGUGUAUUUGAGUUGUCCUCUGUGUGCAAGAAAAAAAAAAAAAGGAGGCAGGUUCAGGUUAUUCUUAAAUAUAAAAUCAGAGAGAGUAUACUGAUGAUAUCAGAUGUGAUUCUACCCAUAUGCAUAAAUGGUGCAUUCUUACCAUAAAACAAAUGCUGUGUCUAUCUAACUGUCAUAUAUGGAAAGAAAUACUGCAUGGAUCCUUAGGGUGUUCUCUGCUGGUAAAGUAGAAUGAAUAUUUCUGUAAGUGUCAAGAAAUUUCUGCAUCUUUGCCUUGUUCUUACCUUACUCUUAGGGAAAGAUGCUAUGGUGGACAUUGAUGGUGAGUACUAAUGCAUCACCAUAGUCUCCAGGCACUGAUUAUUCUGAUUGCUGCAGAAGGAGGUGUAUAUUUGAGAAGUUUGAGAAAAGGAAAAAAUAUCUCUAAAAUUCUCACAUAUGUGUUAGAAGUUCAAACUUCAACAGUUUCUCUGUGCUUGUAUUUUCUGUUUGAUGCCUGUUGAAGAUACUUGUCUAUGUGGAAUCUUCUUUUGUUAAAUUCUACAGUUUGGGUUGGAUUUUUUUUGUCUGUAACUUAAUUUUUUUCAUAAUAAGGUAAUUAUUUUACCACGUAAUUAUUUCCAAAUAUCCAAAGUGACUGUAAAACCCCAAUGUCCAUUAUGUCUGGUAUUCAUUGAGACUCCCAAAUGCAGCUGAUUGCAUUUUUCUAAUUCUGAUGAACACCUCUUACCAAAGGGAGAUUAUCAUAAACAAUGUAAACUCUGUGAUUGGGUAGAUAGCUUUAAAAUGUGGUUAGGUAUAGAAGUGUUAGAAAUGCUAAAUUAGCACUUAUCAUUGCAUGGUUAAUUCCAGAGCCUGAAGUUAGAAGUACAACAGGGAGUUUUUCCAGUGGUAGACAGGGUCCCAUCUAGCUCUGUUAGCUGGGUUUCCAAAGCUGUGUAUACAAGGAUCACAUGCUGAGUGGCCCAAAAGCUGGCAGGUAACUGCUGUUGAAGUGAGUGAUGCUCAAUGCAACAGCUAAAUUCUAAAUAAAAGCUGAGUUGACAAGAUGCUUUUUACCUGAUCUUUAUUGAAAUGUGGUUUUUUUCCUUUUUUCUUCUUCUCCUCCUCACCUUUUCUGUGUGCCCAUACCUAGUUUGUGAAUCUGAUUUUGUUAAAACAAAGGUUGCCUCUGAAAGGUACUUCAGCCAGGAUGUAUUACUUGCUUUAUUAAAACAAGACAAAAACAACACCUCUGCCUCCACCAGAAAGAAACCUAGGACAACAAAUACCAACAAACAAGAACAACAAAAUAAAAGUACCAAUGAAAAACCAUUUCCUGUACCCUGGUAUUGAUGUCUAAGAAUGUCUCUUCUGAAAGUCCCCUUUGUCUCCUAUAGUUUGUUCAACAGUAGGAAGAAAUUCUGUGAUGGUUUGAUCCUUUCUGGAAAAGACUUUUUGAAUUUAUGUUGAUAGAGUGAAGGUUGAUCUAGAUACUUGCUGUGGUUAAGAAAAGGGAGCCUCUUCCUUGUUAGUGGGGAAGAAGAGAAAGAAAUCUGAUUAAUCUGAAAAUAAACUGACCAAAAACUGCUCUGAAGACUGAAAUCAGUCAUCUGAUUCAUCACCAUUAACUUCUGCAGGAUUUUUGUUAUGCUACUCAAAGCACUGAUUUGUGCUUUGCAAAGACAUCUGGAAUAUGAGCACUGGUUAGUCGAGUGGUGGAACACACGGUGCAGUCGCCAGUUCUGCAUUCUCUGUUCUUGGAGGUUUUCCAGACCUGACUCAAUAGAGCUUUAAGCAGCAUGAUCUCACCUCAUAAUCGACCCUAACUUGACCAGGAGACCUCCUGAGCCCUUGUAACCCCCAUCAUGCAGUGACUCCACCUUUCUGUGAUGUACGAUCUCCUUCUAGAACUGGAAGUGCAUUUGAAGCCUGCAUUCCCCACAGCACCAAACAGUUCAGCUUAGGAGCUUCAGGCAGGGGCAGCUUUGUGAUCUGCCUCUAUGGGAGCAGCUGAUUAGGAACAGGAAACCUAAGAAUUGCUGUGUCACAGUGAUGUUUUUUAGGCUUUGGGGGGAUGAUAAAUGGACUUUCAAAUACUUCCAUUGACAGAGCUGAUUACAAGUCUGUGCAGUGUGGGCUGCAGAGCCCAUUUUUGUGCAUAGGGAGAUACAGUCCAUUCAGUACAAUUCUUCAUGCAGAAUAGGAGAAUGGUCCUCAGCAUAGACAGAGGUUCUUGUGUGUCUUGGCUGAAAUGAACAGUGAAACCAUCCUCAUCUGUUUAAACCAGUAGAGGGUCAAUGGGGUUUGACUGAAGAGCUUUUAGCCACAAAAGUAAAGGAAUGGACUGUCACAUUAAAGCAUUUCUACCUGCCACAUGCUUGGCACAGAAAGAAACAUGACUACAAACAAAAUGUUCUUACAUUAUACUGUCAGAAACCUAUUUUUUGCUACUCUCAUUCUGACAGGAUAACUUGUAGACUACUGUCAGUGGAGAAAUUGAGGAUGGAGAAAAGUUUGAUCAAGCAUAAGGUUAUGUGCAUUUUUCCAUUAUCAUUUAAAAACACAAAAAUGCCAAACAAAUCUCAGGAGUCAUUCUAGCAGGGACUCUCGAACCUUUACAACUGGUCUGUAUUUAUUAUUUAAACGUCUUUUACUGUCUAAGUCUUAAUUCAGUAAGACUUUUUACUUCUUCCAUGUUACUAGAACAUUUACUCUGCAUUUACAGAUAUUGGAAAGAUUAUUCCUGUGGCAUCUCUGUCUGAAAAGUUUUCUGGUAAAUUUUGGCUUCUGGCAGGAGUGAAGAGAAAAUUUUCUUCCACGGCAUGGGUUACUGGACCUAUUUGCAGAGCAGCAGCUGAUCCUAGUGAAAAAUCUUGCUAGAGUGUGACUUUGGAGACUUGGCUCAGUUUCUGGUACUACCCUUCUUCUGCUUAGUUUAUUUGUCUGCCUUGUUACAUGCCUCUUACUAUCUCCCCAACUGUAAGGUAGAGUUAAUGUUAACUUGGUUUUGUAAGGCAUUGAAAAAUCAAUGAGUUUUAAAAAACAGCAUAUAAAGCAUUUAUUGUUAAGUAUCCUUUGCUGUGUGCUGCUUUUUGUUGUUUCUCCCUGCUUGCUGCUAUUAUAUGCCACGGGAAGGUAUUAUUAGACUAUUGUGUCGGUCAUCAGAAGUAAAAUGAGAAUAUGAUAAUAAAACAGAUCCCAGUAUCAAGUGCUUUUCAGCCUGGGACCCAAGCAGGGUAGCUAAGAGAAGCAAGGCUGUUCUCAGUUAUUUGCAGACAUUAUAUAUCUAAAAGGAUUUCUAUUUGCAAGCAGCAUGAAGGUUAGAAAUUUAUUUUGUAUCCAUGCUAAUGCCAGAGCUUAUUUACCAGUUUCAUUUGCUAUAUUCCUCUUAAGUUUUCUUAAUUUUGUAUCUAGUGAUACUGCAUACAAAGCUAUGAGAAAAUUUGCCAAGCAUUUUGUCACUUUAUUGUGUGAUUUUCAGUCGUUCUGAGCAUGAAGUCUUCUGUAAGAUCAAUAGUGAACUUGCCACCUUGCCUCUUGCAUCUGCAGUAAAUGCAGCUUUGAACAUCCCUGUCUUUACAAUGCUGCUAGACCAAGUCUGAUAGUAUCUGUCUCUUAUUGCUUCAUUAACUUGUGAGCAUUAGAACAAGAUAAAAAUGCCCUAAAGCCUCUUAUCUGAUGAUUGUUGUAACCUUCUGAGUGCCAUUAGUUUAAGUUUGCAAUCAAAUGCUUCCCCUGAGUAUAAGGAGCACUGAUUAAACCUGAAGUGUCCCCAGAGGCUUUUACAGCUGCCAUGGGGGCAGUGGCUGCCCCUGUCCAAAAGGAGGAGGGGGCUGCAGGUCCCAGUGGGGGGGACACUCUGCAGACACGCACGUGGCUGCCCCAGCUGUUCUGCUUUGCCUAAUGAAUUGUUUUACAAGGAGAGGCUGGAGAUUGUCAUCACAAGCUGCCUUCCCCAGGGGCUGAAGGCAGCCUGAUAAUGACUAAUGUUAGUGAUAGUAAUUGAAGUGUGAUGGCUCUCCAGGGACUUCACACAUGCAGAGCUGUCAGGCACUUGUGGCUGCUACAGUCCCACGAAUACCUCAGAAAUGCUUUUUAAUUGCUUGACUUUCAUAACUAGUUCCCAUACAUCUCCUGCUGAAAUACACCUUUUAAGAGGAUAAGGAAAAGCAGCUGAGGACUCUGCUAGGACCCUUGGUGUACAAUGUACUUACUGUCCUGACAUGUUUCCAGUAAGGAUGGCUGGGUGUUCUUGCUCCCUUAGUCUUGGUGUGGACCUACUUGGUGUCUGCACAGGCAUGUGCAACAGAUUACACCUGAAUGCACCAUUCCUUUUAUGUUUAAGCCUUAGCUUUUUGAUGCACAAAGAUUGUACUUGAUUCCCAAAGAAGACAAUACCUUUAUUUAACAAUAUCAAAGGAUUGCUGCUGUUAAUAGUAUGGAAGCAGUGACAGCUAUUUGCAUUUUCUUAGGCAUUGAGAACUGAAUGUAAGAUAAAAUAAAAAUCUUGUAAAAACAUAGCAUAUUCAUGUGUCCUAAUAUGACUGGAGUUUAUGGCCAAGAGAUUUUGGGAGUUUAGGGCAGAGGAAUAACCGAUUUAUGUAAAACAAAGGGAUUUUUGUUCUGAAAAUAUUCUCAUUUAGAAGUGCAUUGUUGAAUAUAGCAGUGGGCCUGAGAUAAAAAUAGCCCCAGGUUCCUAACACGAAUUUGUCAGGGUGCUGAGAUGUUUUGAAUUGCCUCUGUCUCUACAGGAGGGUUUUGCUGUGGCUUUUUGACUUCUAGCUGGAGAUCAAAAAAGGAAGCUUGAUGCUAUUGCCAGCAGACUAGACAUACUACCUCUUCUUAUCAUAUUCAUUGCAAGUUUGUUCUUCACCUCCCCGCUCCAGUGAAGUGUUGGCUCUUAGAAAUUUAUUUUGGUAAUAAAACAUUACUUUAUACUUGCCCAUGAAAGCAUGUUUGAAGGCUGUUUGUGGAUUCUUUAGUGUCCAAGAGAUUGUUGUUCCCUAAGCACACUGCAAACUCAUAUCAUAAUUAAGUCUGAUGAAUUAAUGUGCAGAAAGUUAAGCUCAUAACUUUAAGUGGUUAACUUAGGCUCUUAAAAUGUGGACCCAAACCUGUGGUUGGUGUGCUGUAAUUUGGUUGUCAGUCCCAAAAUUGUAUGCUUCAAUGGGUUUUGGUUCUGAGAAAAUGGGUGAAUUUAUUCUUGCUAUUUUUGGUCACAAUGAGGAGAUAAUAAAGUUGUGCUUACUGCUUUUUAUAGUUGUCUUGACAGUAAAGCUAAAAGAUAUAGUUCAGUUAUUUUCUUGCAGUUUAUCUUAAAAUUUGUACUGUAAUUGUGGAGGUGGGAAUAGGAAACUCCAUGCUGUGUAAGAGAUUUUCAGUUUGUAAUUUAGUUCUACUGAUUGGUUGCUGCAGCAGAAGCACGAGUGGAGGUAAUUGAAAGAUAUCUAAUAACUGAUUAGGUAGAUUUCAUUUAUGUGUUGUUUUGAGUACUGUUUUAGUGAAAGCUUGUUCACUUUGUUAUAAUAAUUCAGCAGAAUAUAUUUUCUGUGUAGAAAUUAUUUUAUAUUGAUAGGGCAUUUUCAUAUGGAGAGCUUUUUGUGCUAUGAGGAAUAUAUCCACAUAUUGUUUAAACUUCACAAAGUGACAAUUGUUUUGGUGUCACUAUGCACUGUCAUGUAAAAUUUUGCUUUUCAGGUAUUUGGUGAUUUUUUACAAACAUGUAUUAUAUAUAAGUAUAUCUAAGUCCUUGCAUGACUUCCCCAAAUCUAUUAUUACAUUUUAAAGUUUUCCAAGUUUACUGGCAAUACAAUAAAUAUU